AUGUUUGCUGCUGCUGCGAGCUGGUGGCGGAGCCUUCCCCUGGAAAGGCGGUUGUUUGCAGCAGCAGCAGCAGCAGCAGCAGGCGCGGGUCCCGUGCUGCUGCUGCAGCGGCGGCAGCAGCAAGCUGCAGCAAAGAGCUGUACGUACACCCGAAACGUCCAAGACCUGGUGUAUAUGGACUUCGCAAUCGGCAGCAAAUAUGUGGGGCGCGUGCUGCUGGGUCUGUACACUGCAGCAGCCCCUUUGACAGCAGAAAACUUCAUUCAACUUUGCGAGGGUUUCAAACUCAAAGACAAAGUGCACAAGGUGCAGCAGGGCGUGGGGCUGCUGGCAGGAGAUGUCUUGACGGGCUGUGGCGGGGAGGGACUUUCGAUUUACGGCAAGAAGUAA